UCAUGCUGCUGCCAAGUCCAGAGUCUCUCAUGGGUCCCUGUAUGGCCUCCCAUUGCUGCUGUCUCCAUCGCCACACUCUGCCAUGUGCCACUUUCAGGUCUCCUCACACUGCUGGUGUGUUGAAUUUUUUGACAUAGGGUGCUGGCAGAUUACGGGCCUCCCAUAGCUGCUGCCAGGCCCCUAAUCUGCCAUGGGCCCCUAUAUACCGCCUCCUCAUGCUGCUGCCAGGUCCAGAGUCUCUCAUGGGUCCCUGUACGGCCUCCCAUUGCUGCUGUCUCCAUCGCCACACUCUGCCAUGUGCCACUUUCAGGUCUCCUCACACACUGCUGGUGUGUAAAAUUUUUUGAC